AAUUGGCGUCGAGCCGCUCGCCAUAAAAGCGAGCAGAAAGCGACCCAACAAAACCCCCCCACCGCCUGUUCGACGGAUUGCUUCUCGCCCCUCGGUAACGUGGUCCCACUUUCCAACCCGCUGCUCGACAUUCCACUUGCACGACUGCUGCUUCUCAGUCCAUUAGCAGCAGCAGCUAACUUGGCUAAGCCCAUUGCUUUACCUUUGAGUCUUGAGGUCGAAGAAAACAAAUUACGAAGCUUUUGCGGUAAAAAAAAUUGGAUAAAGGACAAGUAUGAGGAAUGUGAUAGUACAGAAAUACAAGGUAUGAUUCCUCGGUUCCUGCAUUUUGUCAAACAACUUUCCCGUCCGAGAUGACAUUUCAACGGCGGACCUGAUGAUUUUAUGUGCUUCUGUUGAUCUAUCUAUAUUAUCAGCCGGUAACUUCUUCGUAUUUACCGGACCGGAUGAAUGUGUUAAUCAGUGAAAAACAACAGUUGCAGUCAAAAGUAGGAACUUAAGACGGUAUUAUGGAAGCCUGACAGACACUGUUCUAAGACUUCGUUAGGCUCAUUUAUUACACGAAAAGAAUGCUAGCCAAGGGAUCCGCACGCAAUAAAUAAGGGAGAAAAAUGGGGGGAUGGAUCCUUGGAGAAGCCAAAUUCCAGUGAUUUACAGAAUUGAAAUUGUGGUUUUUUAAUUAAUUUAACGGGCAAAAAACAUGUCCUUUUAAGUCUGUGCAGCAUUGCGAAAGAGAUGUAAAAAAAGGCAGCAUCUCGCACGCCCCUACUCUGUCCUAUUUAGCUAUACUUUCCACUCUGUUCUCUCUUCUCCAUCCCUCUUUCACAAGCCUCGACUCCCACUAUCCAUAUAUUACCAGACCAACACUGUUCCUCGCACCUGCUUCUCCAACCGCAAUGUCGCUCUUUUUCAGCGAGGUGGUAGAAAUGGCGUUCGCCGGCGGCGUGGCGGCGGCUCUGGAGGUGGCCGGCGUGGGAGGGAAGAGGAAGCUCAGGAGCUUCUACUGCCGAAUGAGGGCGGAGAUAAAGAGGCAGCUCGCCAUCGGAUAUAGAAAAAGAAGCAGCGGCAGAAGAAGAAGAGACAACAAGCGGCAGCGCGGCAGCUUCCACUACGACCCUUUCAGCUACGCGCUCAACUUCGACGACAGCUCCUCUGCUCUGCUCUCUGUGUAGAUCGUUUUAGCUUCCGGUUCAGAUCUUUAAUUAGUUCUUUUGACGUUGCUCUUGUGGAAGCAGACUGUUUCGUGCUUUUGUUGUGGAUCUCUCUGUAAUUUUUAUGGGAAGGAAAGAAAGCAGAGCUUGGCUGAGCACAAGCUUUGGAUGAUAGAUGGUUUCCAAGCUGAAAAAAAAAACAUA